AUGACGGUUCUUGACUGGCACGAGACCCUCGUUGCCUCCCCCUCUCUGGAGGGGCACUUGUGGCAAGCAACUGCUGGUCAAGCUGGGCAGUCCAGCAACACAGAGCAAGGCAGAGGUGAGACAUCGACUCGCUGA